UAUGUAUUUGUUUGAUUGAAGUACUUGUCUAACUGUCAAUUAAAAAAGAUCUGCAAAACACAUCUACAUCAGAUUAAAAUAUAUAUGAAAUAGCCGUGUGAAAUGGUUUCUUGUAGACCAGGGUUGGGCUCAAUUUGAAUUGAAAGCAGUCAAUUCAGGAAGUAAACUAAAAUCACAAUCCAAUAAUAUAAAAAAUGUCUGCAUUUUAAAUUCUAAUAAUUUCCUGAUAGACUGCCUUUAAUUCAAAUUGAGCCCAAACCUGAUUUCUACAUGCUUUGUGUGUAUACACUAUCUGCAUAGUAUUGUUUUCAUGUAAUUUUAGCAGUAGAAAGUAAGUGUAACCGAUGUGAAAUGGCUAGCUAGUUAGCGGCGUGAGCGCUAAUAGUGUUUCAGUCGGUGACGUCACUUGCUCUGAGACCUUGAAGUAGUUGUUCCCCUUGCUCUGCAAGGCUUUUGUGGCUUUUGUGGAGCAAUGGGUAACGAUGCUUUGUGGGAGGCAGUUGUUGAUGUGUGCAGAGGGUCCCUGGUUUGAGCCCAGGUAGGGGUGAGGAGAGGGACGGAAGCUAAACUGUUACAUUGGUGCCGUGACCCGGAUCACUGGUUGCAGCGGAAAAGGAUGAGGUCAAAAGGGGGGUGAGUGUAACCGAUAUGAAAUGACUAGCUAGUUAGCGGUGUGCGCGCUAAUAGUGUUUCAAUUGGUGACGCCACUCACUCUGAGACCUUGAAGUAGUCGUUCCCCUUGCUCAGCGAGGGCCGCUGCUUUUGUGGAGUGAUGUGUAAGGAUGCUUCGUGGGAGGCAGUUGUUGAUGUGUGCAGAGGGUCCCUGGUUCAAGCCCAGGUAGGGGUGAGGAGAGGGACGGAAACUAAACUGUUACAUAAGCAACAAUGAUUUGCUUGGUGAGAGAAUGGGAGAAUCUCAAUUGCAAAACAUCCAUUGGAGGAGACAGUCAGAGCGGCAGGACCUCUGGCUUUCUCAUCCAAUGGGGUUUGAGAAGGAGGCGAGACGCUAAAACAUAUACUUUUUUAAUGAGUAUGCAAUUGAGGUUCUCCCUAUGGCUACUGGUAUAAGACAUAUGAUAGAAACUUCCUCUAGCCCAUGUCUACACCAAAUCCAAUGCUUUUACAUUUCUGGGGAAUAAUGAACAAAUGCAGGAAGAAGGAGAUAUUAUUGAGACGCACUCAAUGGUUGUGUUCCCCUGCUCAGCCAUUGCAUGUAUCAACCAAUGGUUGCAUGACACCUCAUCUUCUGUGCCUUUGGGCACCAGAUUGCUGACAUAUGUGGUUAGCUGAUAUGUAAAAUACUUAUCCAGGCUUUGUAAAAUCUGGCAUGUGUCAGCAAGGUCUGUGGAGAAGAAUGCCAACAAUGAGGGGAUUGAUUAAUCUGGCCCGGGGAUCCCGUUUAAAGCCCAAGUUGAAGUUGGCUCAAACAAAAGUGAUGUAAUUAAGCAUGUGGAGUAAUGAGUAGGAUUCUGUGUUUUCACAUGCAAAAUUGAUUGCUUUUGAUACAAAAAAAAUGCUUUAUCUGCCUUGCAAAUUAAAAAAGUUAGAAAAUUCCAAUAUAUACUGUAUGGAAAAUAAAUGUAUGUUUCUGGACGACUCGCCAUGCUGCCUUGUUGACGACAUGACCGAGAAACGCAGUUUACUGUUUGAUUUGAGAUGGGCACUCCUCCCUCACUCCUUUUGCCCGUUCACGUCAUGCGCCCCGAGGCUCGGCAUUAUUGAAUCCGACCAACGGCUUAAUCAAGGUUCAAAUCCAGAGAGGCUGCUGAUUGGAUAAAUAAUGUUGGACCUGAGGUUUUCCAAUUAGGCUGAUUAGCAGUCAGACUUCACGUUGUACCUGCAAUUGAUUCACUCACCCGGUGUUGAAGGUUCAGUUUUGUUGUUAUUUAGUCAUAUAUUCACUGUGAGCACUUUACUAUGGUUUUAUCGAAUGGAAAGAGAUGCUACUCAGGUAGUGAGGCAGACUUCAGCUCCUCUAGCAGCACGGGCAGCCUAAAGAGAGGGGGGAGCCUGGCCCAGAACUCCACAGGGAAGAUCUCCUCACGCAGUCGUGGUGCCCACAUCAGGAGCCUCCCUGUGUUCAAGCUGGCAGGGAUCCCCUCAGCAUCCCGUGAUGCGGAGCUCUAUGCCCCGUACAGGACAGUCCCCUCAUCCACCAACAGCAGCAGCAACUCCAGCCCCACAGUACCCUCCAGAAGGAUGACCCCCAGAAGAUAUCACUCCUGUGGGGACAACCAUGGCAUCAGACCCCCCAAUCCAGAGCAGUACCUCACCCCCCUGCAACAGAAGGAGGUGGCCAUUCGCCACCUGAGGAGCAAGCUGAGGGAGGUGGAGAACACCGUCCACGACAGGGAGUCUGAGAUUGAGAAUCUCAAGUCCCAGCUGGGACGGAUGAGGGAGGACUGGAUCGAGGAGGAGUGCCACCGCGUCGAGGCACAGCUGGCCCUAAAAGAGGCACGCAAGGAGAUCAAGCAGCUCCGGCAGGUUGUGGAGACCAUGAAGAGCAGCCUGAUGGAGAAGGACAAGGGCAUCCAGAAGUACUUUGUCGACAUCAACAUCCAGAACCGCAAGCUGGAGUCCCUGCUGCACAGCAUGGAGAUGGCCCAGAGCGGCUCCACGCUGCAAGACGAGCCAACCAUGGACUUCAUCUGUGGCGACUCCGACUCCCCUGUCAACGACAAGCAGGGGGAGGUGGGUGACCAGGCGGCGGAGGAGAUGGCGGACAGUGGGCUGCUGGUCAACGACAACCUGGAGCACGUGCUCAUGUCCACGGCGGUGGACUCCAGCCACGACUCUAGCGGUAAGCUGCGCUGCCACCCAGAGGCUGGUCCGGGGGUGUCCACUCUACUCCACAGUCUGGAGGAGAUCACACCACUGCCUUCACAACCCUCCAACACAUUCUGCUACAGCACACUCCCCUUCCCCGCUCCAGAGGACAAGGCCGUUCAGACCGAGGUGGUGUCCUUCCCUCCUGACCUGCACACCCUCCUGCUGCAGCUGCUGAAGCUCCAUGGCGGUGCAGUUGGAGAUGCUCUCCUCCCAGCUUCGACCAGCCUCCUAGAAAUCCCAGCACUGCAGGGCCCAGACUCGGCCCCUAUCCCAUCCACCCCUAACCAGUCCACCUUAAGCCUGCCUAGCCCCAGCCAGCCCACCCCAGUUUUGCCAGUGAGCCCUGACAUGUCCAGUGAUUCAGGCCUGUGUUGCUCAGACCCUGAGGUGGUGGUCUCCAUGCGCUUCAUGGAGGAGCUGGAUUUUGAGGUGAGCAGUGAGGAGCCCUGCAGGGCCCCCGAGAUGGACGUGGUCAACAAACGCUAUUGGAGCAGCAGCUUCCUUGUUGAUCUUGUUGCUGUGGCCGUACCAGUGUUGCCCACGGUGGCCUGGCUGUAUUCCCGGCAUGGAGUGGAUGGGGCGGCGCCAGUCUACAACAUCGCAGCACUGAUCCGCGGCUGUUGCAUGAUGGGAUUGCACUCUCUCCGUCAUGUCACUCAUCAUCAUGGGGCAGAUGUGUAACGGCCUCUGACCCCCGCAUGCACAGCCCGACCCUUCAACUUGAAGCACUUCAACAUCAGUUAAUCAAAGAGUAUUUGUGAAAAUCUUUAGUUUUUCUACACUUGUGAAUAUUAAAGCUACAGUUAUUACUUUAGGUUCCCACGCGGUUACUUUGCACUGUGUACAGUUGUGAGUUAUGUCAAAUAGUGAAAUUAUUUAUGGUGAAGGGAUUUUGUUCAUUUUAUUUACUUUCCAUCUGUUCUGUUAUCAUAAUUGUGUCUAAAAUGGAUAAUCUGAGUAGGUGGUUAUGCAUCAUUGAUGUCCUGGGCUGGCACUAGUUACCCCUACUUAAAGCAGCCAUGUUAUUUUUCUGAAAGUAUUAGGAUUUCUGAGGGUGGGGAUGAAAUUGAAUGUUAGUUUAAGCAAGCGUUUGUAAUGGUUUAUGUUCCCAAAUCUUAAACCUGCAGCCAAAGCUUUAUUAGUGAACGUUCACUCUUAAUGUUUAUUUUUCUACCUGGGAGUAGAGCUUUUUACGUACGUGGAACAACUUGUUGAUAGGAGUAUGAGAUCAACGCUUCAGAACAUCCCAUACUCGUUUGUGCCUGAGCUACUGUGUAAUACUUGUAACAUCAAAUGUCCUAAUAUAUUUAUUAAAGCAUGAUAAUCCAAUCCA